ACGACGUAUUCUGUGCGCCUGCGCAGAGGUGUUUCGCGAGGCCCGCCGAGCACCGACAUGGCGCCCUAGAUGUGUCGUGCCAUCGCCUCCGCGGGCUAGCCAGGCGGCCGCAACAACUAUCAUGUCCCGGCACAGGAACGUCCGAGGUUAUAACUACGACGAAGAUUUUGAAGAUGAUGAUGUGUAUGGCCAAUCAGUAGAAGAUGAUUAUGGCAUUUCUCCUUCAACAGCAGCUCAGUUUAUUUACUCCAGACGAGACAAACCAGCAACAUUUGCUGAGCCAUUAGAAGAAGAAUAUGGCUGUGAAGGUACAGAUGAUACUGCUGAUUAUUUUACAUCCAAUCAUCAACUGACUGAAGUUGAUAGAGCUCGUCUUAAUUCAUGCCUUGAUCAAAUGAGAGAAGUUUUGGCACAGUCUGUACCAGAACAAACAAUGGUGCAAGCAGUACUGGAUAGUAAAUUUGAUGUACAGAAGGCUUUGGAUCUUGUGCUUUCACAAGGCAGCAAGCAACAUGUGAAGACCAAGAAUGAGGACACUUUGAUUGUAGGAAAGAAGACAAAAGGAGACUUACUUUGUUGUCCAAAAAUGUGUAUGGAUACAGACAUUUUUUUUUGUGCAGUAGAAAAUGUUGCCAACAACACCAACAAACCUGGUUUUGGAAACUUGGCAGCCAGAAGUGGUUCAACUUGUUGCUCUUUAAUUACAAAUGACAAAAUGCUGCUUAAUGCUGAAAAAUCCAAUAUAACUUCACCUGAAAAGAAGGGAUUGAAAUCCUCUUCACUUGUUCUUUCAUCUUCUUUCAGUGAUGAUUUGUGUAAAGGAUCAUUUUGUGAACCUGUGAAUAAACAGGCAGAGAAUCAGCUACCAGAAAGUGUUAAUACAUUAAGUUUGAUUCCUGACAGUGAAGAUGUUUACUUUAGCAUAGGAAGUGACAUAUCUGGAAAUUCUUCCUUUAAGAAGCUGGAAUGUAAGGAAGCACAGGACUUGAAAUCCUUGCUGAUGCAGAAUGUGGUUUGUGAUUCUGUGAGUCCACCUGUUUCCUCAAAUACUUCUGAUUGUAAAAGCAGUGCAGGUUUUUACAGUAACCCGUGUUUAACAAAUACUUUAGGAAAAUUGGUUCUUGAUAGUGAAGUCAGUGAUAAUAGAAAGAAUGAACUUUUUGAUAAUUCUUCUUCAGUUGUGCAAAGCAGAAAACAAGAAGGCUUCUCAUCAGACAUGGCUGCUUUGCCAGUGUUAAGGUCUGGAAAUACAUCAUUGGCUGACUUACUUCAGGAGCACCAGGAAAGCAGUGCUAGCCACUGUUACUCUUUGGCUGACCUUUAUACCCAGUCAACAGCAAAUCUCACUGAUAGGAAAUUGGGAACCUCACCAUUAUCACAACUAGUAAGUCAACCCCAAACUUCAGGUGGGAUGCCAGAGCUAACAGGAUCUUUGUCUUCUCUAACCCUCUGUCAAGAUUCUCCACUAAAGGAGGUUGCGAAUUUGUCACUUUCAGAUUUAAUAGCAGAGACUAUUGAAGUAGAUAAAACUCAACAAAGGAUGGACUUCUCCAUGCUCAAUGUUACUGAAUUAAGGCCCUCUAAAAGAACCAACAUUGAUUUAAGUGUCCUUGUAAAAAAUGCAGAAGUAUCUGCAGAACAAAAUGUGGUAGGACAGUCAAAUGUCUUAAGCCCUGAAAUUAAAGUUUUAAAAGAAAACCAAGGAAAACGUUCUGGCUUUGCCAAAACAAAUAAAAAACCCAAAAGAGUUACUCCUAAGGAGCAGGAUUUGUCACUUUCCUGGGUGAAGGCAUUGCGUGCAAGACCUUCAGCUUUUGCUUUAACCUUGUGUCUUCGUUACCCUCCAAAAGGUUAUAAGCGGCACACAGCUGGUGUACAUAAAGCUUUCCUGUACAGUAGACAAGUACAAGAUGUAAAACCCAAGGAAACUGGUCCUUUGAUUGCCAUAACACCAUUUGACUUCAAAUCAGCAUCUCCUGAUGAUAUUGUGAAAGCUCACCAAAAAAGAGCUUUUACAAGAGAAUACUAAAAAAAAAACAACCCAAACCAAAAUCAGUGUUUAUAUCUUGGCAUAUUAAAAAAAAUCAUUUAUAAUCCACAAUUGAGGGUUUUUUUUAUUUUUUUUAAUUGACAUAUUACAGUUUUCACUUUUGGUAGCAAAUUUGUGUGUAAACUUUGUUGCACUGAUUUUUUGUCUAAUUUUCACUGACAAUGUUUUUAACUUUGGCAGUGUUGAAUUUCAGUAUAUACAUAUUGCAUGUACAAAAUUCUAUAAACACUGUAAGACUUCUUGAAACAUCUUUCUAGGUGUUGAUGAUGCCGUUCAUUGGCAAGAACACUGAAUUAUUAUUUUGUAAAGUAAUUUAGUUUUGCUACAUGGUGUAUAGUUUGGGGAGUGGAAACCUCGUUUUAUAUUACAACUUUUAGUAAAUGUUCUUAAAGUUAGAUUUUCUGAUAAGGUAUGUAACUAAAUUGCCAGUCUUUGUAAUUGAUAUUUCCAGUCAAUGUAAAUAUUCUCUUCUAUCUGUAUUCUUAUUACAAUAUUACAACAGAAAUGUGUUUAGUUUUUAAGACUCACUAAUCUCAGGUUUUGACAGUUUUAAUUGUGGUAGGACAUGUACAGCUGUUGAUAGGACCAAACUCGUAGGGAAGCAAGCAAUUAAAACUGCGCACCUCCCUGCAUCAGCUGUCAAGAUGUGAUAUUCAGAAUUUUGAACCAGCUGUUUUGUAGGUAUAUACAUGCUGCAUGUAUUUAAUUGGAAGUUUCACUAGGAUUCCAUGGUUUAUUCUCAGUCUUUCAGGAAGGUAUUGGAAUAAAAAUGCUUUCAACUCUA